AUAGCCCCGCCCACUCCCGCUCCUUAAAGGCGCAGUGUCGCGGCGUGCUUCUCUUAAAGGCCCAGCGGCCCCUUUUCUGCGUGUGGGCUUCGCUGCGCCCGGGCGUCCCCGGGGGGGGCGGGGGGCUCCGCCCCCCGGCGCCUCCCGCCGCGGGGAUUAGCAUGUAGGCGCCGAGGAGCGGCCCCGCUGCCCCGGCGGCCCCGGCACCAUGAAGGACCGGCUGGAGCAGCUCAAGGCGAAGCAGGGCGCCGACGACGAUGACACCGAGGAGCUGGAGAUCGCUGUUGACAACACGGCCUUCAUGGAUGAGUUCUUCUCUGAGAUCGAGGAGACACGACAAAACAUCGACAAGAUCUCGGAGAACGUGGAGGAGGCCAAGAAGCUCUACAGCGUCAUCCUCUCAGCCCCUGUCCCUGAGCAGAAGACCAAGGACGACCUGGAGCAGCUCACAGCGGAGAUCAAGAAAAUGGCCAACAGUGUCCGGAACAAGCUGAAGAGCAUGGAGAGGAACAUCGAGCAGGAUGAGGCCCGCUCCUCAGCCGACCUCCGCAUACGCAAGUCCCAGCACUCGGUCCUGUCCCGGAAAUUCGUCGACGUCAUGACCAAGUACAACGAGGCACAGGUCGACUUCCGGGAGCGCAGCAAGGGCCGCAUUCAGCGCCAGCUGGAGAUCACCGGCAAGAACACGACAGACGAGGAGCUGGAGGAGAUGCUGGAGAGUGGGAACCCCUCCAUCUUCACCUCAGGGAUCAUGGACUCGCAGAUCUCGAAGCAGGCGCUGAGCGAGAUCGAGGGGCGGCACAAGGACAUCGUGCGGCUGGAGAGCAGCAUCAAGGAGCUGCAUGACAUGUUCGUUGACAUCGCCAUGCUGGUGGAGAACCAGGGAGCCAUGAUCGACCGCAUUGAGAACAACAUGGACCAGUCCGUGGGCUUCGUGGAGCGGGCCGUGGCUGACACCAAAAAGGCUGUGAAGUACCAAAGCGAGGCCAGGAGGGUGGUGCUGGGACUCCUUGCCGGGCAAGCAGACAGUGGUGGCCUGCCCCACGGCCUGGCAGGCCCUCGGGCUGAGAACGGCUUCACCCCACGGAGCCUUGGCACCUUGGCUCUGCUUGCGGACGGCGGCUUCGGCCUCCGUUUUCACUGUGUAGAAGAAGAUCAUGAUCAUGAUUUGCUGCAUCAUCCUUGCCAUCAUCCUGGCGGCCAGCAUCGGGAGCAUCUUUGCCUGAGAACCCCUCUGCCCUCCAGAUGGCCUUUCUCUCUCCCGCCUGGAUGAUCCCGCCCGCGCUCCUCUCCUGCAGCCCAUGGAGAGGCCCCCACCACCACCGCGGGACCUCCCGCCACUGCUGCACCUCCUCUCUUGUGCGGGAGGAGCCCAUUCCUCCUCCGGUCGUGCUGCCUGCCAGGGCUCCCGCCAGGCACUGGAGGGAACCCAGUGGAUGGGAAAGCCUGGAGGAGCCGUGGGAUGCUCUGCUCCUCCCAGCGGCACUUACCGCCUCCAAGGAGAGGUACUGGAUAGCAGCUGGAGGAGAGAAACCUCUUACCUCGCUCGGAGUUCGCCUGCAGCGGUGUCUCUGUGUAGCCAGCUGUCCGGACGCACGGCCACCCGCACCGGAACCCUUCUUAAUAAAGAGAUCAGCUAUGUCGCUGCUCAGA